CUCAGUCCAACAAGCACCCAUUGGAUCACCUGUUAAGAACAAUGCAGUAUGUUUUGUUGUUUCUGGGCAAUGAUAUUAAAUACAGAAGCUGAGCGUCGGUACAGAACAUUCAUUAACCUCACAGGAUUUCAUCUGCUGAGGGUUUUCUGUGGCUGGAGUGUGACGUACCUAACAACAGCAUUUCCUGGACCAUCUUGAACCGAACAUUGUUGCAGUAUAACUAAUGCUGCCUGAGUCGGCAGCCCAAACUAGCCAUACAGUCAAAAUGCUGGGUAUCAUAGAGCAAUGGGAUGAGGCAUCUGGCUGUCACACUGGCAACACUGACAAAUAUCUGUUACUUAUGUUUUUCAAGUUGGGACUGGACGCAGCUGUCCUUCACUUAUGCUGCCCGAAGCGGUACACCUCCUUUUUAAGCAUAUGCAGCCUGUCCAUCGUCCUGGCUGACUUGGUGAUGGUGUUAUUUGUGGCAAGCAUGUGGUUUCUUGGUCCCGACAGGUAUCUUGUGUCACUCUGCUUCAUCUUGGCAAAGGCCUCAACAACAUAUGGAGCACUGCCGCUGCCCAUGAUGUGCCUGGGUUUUCUGGACUAUUGUUUAGUAGACAGCAACCUCUGCAACCAGAGCACCUUUGGCAAAUACCUGAGGAACGCUUCCCUGACAGUGCUGGUGUGGAUACUAGCUUACAUUUACUCUUUUGUUUCUGCCAACUCUGAUCUGAUGGAACUGGAUUAUGUGACAGGGAUAAAGGCUCUAGUGUGUCAAGUAGAGGAGUCUGCACUGAUUGCGUAUUUUAUUUUGGGGCUUUUCACAUGUGUAAUAUGCACAAUGCUGCCCUAUUGGUCAAUGAUUCCCCAGUGGCUGAAAGAGGCUGAGAGGUUAUCUGAAGAGAGGGAAGAACAAGGAAACCAGAGCAGCGACUUCUUGUUCAUCUCAACCAACAACACCGAGACAAAAAGCAGCAAGGAGAACUAUCAGGAGACCGUCCAACCGUACCCGCCUCUGUGGUUCAGCCUAACACUGGGCUUUGGUGUAUUUUGGAUACCCUAUCUCACCGUUUCUGUGGCCUGUAUGGUCUUAGGCUACGGAGUACCUGCCUAUAUCACGGUUAACCUUCUAUGGUUGGAGUGUACAAACAGUUUCCUGAUGGGUGUGGUGUUCUGGGUAAACAGCAAGUCGCAAGGACCAUACAGCCAACUGCCAGAAAACGUGUGCUUGUGGCACGUGUACUGGCAUUUGAGCAAAGGGACGCGACAACACCAACUCCCUGUGGCUGUGUUUAACCCAUCAAAGGUGAAGAGAAACUCUCUCCUUCACGUGUAAUAGAAAAAGAGGUCGACAAUAAAAAUGUUACAUCGCACACCUGACAGCCAUCAGCAAGGGGAAGGCAUGAUGGGAGAAAGUGAAUUAAGACUUGAGCUACUAUCUAUGAAUGGUUGACCUGUGUAAAUGCUGCGUGUUGGAUGCUUAAACUUAAGCCUGGACACAGACACACAUCUCUCACCUCUCCAUCAGCACAUGCAGAAGUGUUUGGGGGCAAAUAAUUAAACUGCUCAAAUGCUGCAGCCGACAAGAGGCUGUGACUGAACCUUCAAAUGUAAUUCUUUGCCGAGUUUGGGAGCAAAGUUUUGCUGAAAGCUGUAAUCAUAAUGCUAAACUUUUGAAAAGAAUACAGAAAUCACACCAUACAUUUUCUAAUUUCUACAUUUAUUUGUAUGUGUUUGUCAUACAGCCCUUUACAAAGAUAAUUUUAGACUUGAGGGAAAUGCUGUGUUGACUCAUGAUUUAUAUGUAUUUCUUUUUUUUUUUACAUGUAUUGCUUCUCAAUAAAUAUCUCGAAACACA